AUGAUCGACAUUGACAGUAUCAUUUCCCCCAGACAUCCCCACGCGGGGUCAGGCCACCCCUGCGGGGUCUGGGGAGAUUUCACCGAGUAUACUGCAUGGCAAGCCUACGGAUGGAUUGCCGACUCAUCAGACGGCGGUGUCGCAUUGUUGACUCGCGGCAAAUGUUGGAUCAAUAGCCGACACCACACAAACCCCUCCCUCCCUGGCAAGGGCCCUCCGUGA